AUGGCUUACAAUGAUGAUUCUGUGCUGGCGCGGCUCUCAUCGCUCACUGAGACCCACGACAGCAUUGCCACUGCUGCCCAAUGGAUCAUGUUUCAUCGGAGACAUGCAGACCGCACAGUCCAGCUCUGGUUGCAACGCCUCAAGGACUCGUCCAGCACCAAGAGGUUAAGCUUGAUCUACCUCGCGAACGAGGUGGCCCAGCAGUCCAAGAUCCGACAUAAGGAUGACUUUAUCAUAGCCUUUGCUCCAAUCAUCGCGGAAGCUGUGUCUAUCGCGUACAAGGGUGCUCCCGCUGAGCUCCAAGCGAAACUCAAGCGCGUGGUGGAUGUUUGGAAGGACCGGACAAUUUUUGAAUCGCCCAUCCAGGCCGCUGUUGAGGCUCGUAUCGAAGAGCUUGACAAAGCUCGCGGUACAGCCAAAUCCAGUUUUGGGGGCUCUCCCUUUGGUGGUGGUGGUGGUGCAGCUCCUAUUCCAGCCGAGUUUGCACCACUGGUGACUGCUCAUCAGACUGUCACCAAACUGAGCAUCCCCUUGAAGGCCACGGUCGCGUCAGCAGACCAGGAGUACGAGAAGCAAACCAACUCUUCAACCCCAGUUCCUUCGGCCCCUGUCUACGCUGCUCGUCUCAACGGUCUCCUCAAGACCCUUGCCAAUGCUGAGAGCGCGGUUGCCGAGUGUGUGAAGGCACGAGAGGACCUUAUCUCUGGCUUGGAGAAGCUGCUUGGUGCCAAUCGUGCUGCAUUGGAACAUGACAAGACUGCCGCGGCCCAGUUGACGUCUCGAAAGACGGAGAUUGAGGAGAAGAAACAUGCGGUGGAGGUGGGCAUCAUGCGAGCCUUGGGUCCGGCGGACAGCAACGGCACUCCAGGAGAGGGAGAGGGUUCUGGCACACCACCAGAGCCUGACAGACCGGAGAUGGAAGCACUUACUCCCCCUCCUAUGGAACCCUUCGGCGCGCCUACCCCUGAGGCGUUGACUCCGGAGGGUAACCCGCCUGCUGCAGCUACUACAGCUGAGGAUGAAGCGCCAUCCUACCAGUCGCUGCCAAUCUCAACUAAUGGAUCCAACAAGCGGCGUCGGGUCGACGAUGGUGACGACUUUCCGGAUUUGGGAGGUGAUGACGGCAUUGAUGCUGACGUUGCUGAAAUGCUCAAGGAGGAGUCCAAGUCAUGA